AAAAGGAGCAGUUACCAAGGCAAUCUUUCAAAAAUGAUCCCUAACCUCACUUGACGUCUCUCUCCAUCUCUUUGGCACCCGCCGUCGUCAACGGACUGCCGCAUUCCGUUCGCCGGAAAACCACAAGCAUCACCAUUUCAGUGUACGUGGAAACCCUGAAGAUGACCAGCCUAUUGAUUGCCACCGAAGAUCCGCAUCUUCUGUUUCAUCGGCUAUUCAACAACAGUUUCCAAACCCUAGGCUCUAUCAAGGAUCGCAUUUCUCAGAUCUUUAUAGACAUUUUAUGCUGCACACGCUCUAGCGCAUAUCUAACUGAUACGAGGACUUCCAGGAACAAUGAGCUAUUCCCAUUUGCUUUUCAAGAUCUUCUUGAAGCAAUUGGAAGUAAACAUCAACAGAAAACACAAGAAUUUUCAGCACCUGAUAAAGAUUCCGGGGGUGGUGGUGGUGAUCCUGAAGUGGUUUUCAAUGUGUUGGAUGCCAUUCUUAAGUGUAGUUUGGAGAGGUUGAAACAUAUGAGGGAAAGCAUGUCAUGGGCACAUAUAGGCCAUUACAACUACAAAUUAAAAGCAGGAUACAGUCAACAUAUAGACACAAUUAGGAAUUUAAGUUUAGAAGGUAGAUUAGGAGUAGCAUUGAGGCUAAGAAGCAAAAUGAUACAUCAAGGUAUUUUUCCAGAUGUAGUUACACAUAACUACCUCAUUAACGGAUUCUGUAAAGUUAAUGCAUUUGAGAAAGCAGAAUGGCUUGUAACUCAGAUGAGUUUGUGGGGCCCAUCUCCUAAUGUUGCUACCUACAACACUUUAAUGAAGGGUUAUUGUGCUUUUGGUGAUACUGAUAAAGCUCUAGAUCUUAUAUCAGCUAUGAACUAUGGGAAAGUAAAACCAAAUGUAAUCACAUACACUAUUCUAGUACAUGCACAUUGCAAGAAAGAGAAGUUAGAAGAAGCUAGGGCACUUCUUCUGGAAUUAACAGAUGAAUAUAGUGAAAAGACUCUUAUAGCCUCAACAAUUCUCAUGGAUAGUUCUUUCAAGAAAGGAGAUACAUCUCUUGCUUUUACACUUUGGAAAGAGAUUUUGAGUAAAGAAGUGGAUGUUGUUGCAUAUAAUGUUGUCAUCCAUGGAUCUUCUUUGAGAUAUGAUUUGAUUCUUGCAUAUAAAUACAUAAACCAAAUGCUAAAAAUCGGUUUUCUUCCAGAUAAUUUCACCUACAACACUCUUAUAAACACACUUUGUAAGAUGAAACAAAUCGAUGAGGCUUUUUAUCUCUACAAAGUCAUGUCAAAAAUGGGUGUUACUCCAGAUAAAAUCACAUACAAUAUUUUAAUCCAAUGGUUAUGUAGACUUGAAAACAUGGUGACAGCUCACGAGUUACUUAAUUCCAUGUUGGAAAAAUCAAUGAUUCCUCCACUGCUGACGUGGAACCUUGUCAUUGGUGGAUAUGGUAGACAUGGAGAUAAGCAAAACACAUUACAUAUAAUGAAUCAAAUGAUGGAAUAUGGUGUUUUGCCUAAUGUGUUUACUUAUAAUGCUUUGAUUCACAUGUUUAUAAAACGUGGAGAAAUAUCCAAGGCUCAUUUGGUGAUGAAGGAGAUGAUUUCAUCUGGUCCUUUGCCUGAUACAGUGACUUAUAAUUUGUUGGUAGGGGCAGAAUCGGAAUUUGGACAUCUUUAUUCUGCUGAGCAAAUUCACGAUGAUAUGUUGGAAAGAGGGUAUGAACCGGAUGUUAUUACAUAUACAAAAUUGAUAAAAGGGUUUUGUAUGAGAGGUAAAAUCGAAGAUGCAGAGAGAAUUUUUAGUUUUCAUAUGCUAAAAAAGUGUAAUAAUUUAGUGAUUGAUCAUUUCCCUUUUCAAAUACUUAUUAAAAAGUAUUUUAAGAUUGGGAAUCUUGAUGGGGCUUAUGGUGUUUAUCAAAAGUGGUUGAGAAUUGAUCAAGGCCAAUGAUGUUGACAUGUUGUCAUUGGUUGGCUAAUGAAGUAUGAUGAGCUGGACCCUAAACCCUAAACCCUGAACACUGAACACAUGGAGGUGUCUUUCUUCUGUUGUAUUAUUGAUGAAAAUUUUCAAGAAUUACAAUUUCCAACAUGUUCAGAAAAUGUUGAAGAAGGUGAUUUCCCAACUGAUUAUUAUUGCUCACAACCUUGCAUCCAAGGCUUCUUCUGCAUCAUUAUGAGUAACAUGAGGGAGGUGCUUAAGCAUUGAAGCUAGGCGAGAUGAGAUCUCUCUUGAAGGAAAAAAGAAAUUCUCAUAACCAAAGAUCAUCAACAAAGCUAUAUGAUGUUCAUUUUAUGUUAUGUUAAUAACACAAUUUUUUCAUUAUUGUUAUUUUUACUUUUUUCUAUCAUAUGUUUCCUGUUGUAUGUAGCCUUUAUAUUAGGUCCAAAUGUUUAUGGUUAUGGUUAUGGUUAUGGUUAUUCUAUACAUAAAUUUGAUUCUACAAAAAGGAAUUGAGGACAUGAUUUUUUUUUUAGAAAUAUUUUGGAAAGUGGCAAAAUCCCUUGUAGUUAAAAUAUAUUUGAGCUCAAAUGAAUUCUUACAAUUGUAGUUCUAAAAGGUCAAAACUCAAAACCAGCCAUAGACUAAUCAAAGCGGUGUGGUUUUUAUUUUGUUUUUGUCGUUUGUUUUCAUCACCAGUUGCUGUUUUUCAUCUUCUUUUAGGCUCCCAC